AUGGUUGAUAAGGUAGUUUCAUUCCUUGCCCUCGGGGUAGUCCUAGGCCUAGCUCAAGCCAAACUUCAAUGUUCUGGAAGCUUUGAAAAGAUUUCGGCUGGGGAAUGGGUGAAUCGUGCCAACCCUGGAUGGAAUCUGGGGAACACACUGGAUGCUCUGCCUACGGAAGGAAGUUGGGGGAAUGUUGCCAACUUCUCUACAUUUGAUGACUUGAUCCACGGAGGGUUUAGAGGACUUCGCUUGCCUAUUAGCUGGGCUGAUCACUUCGUGACGGGAGCUCCCACAUACGAAGUGAAUGCCACCUGGUUGCAGCGUGUAGAGGAUGUCGUGGAUGCUGCUCUUGAGCGAGGCCUCUAUACGAUUGUCAACGCCCACCACGAGUCUUGGUUCGACCUCGUCGAUGCUGGGUACAAUUACACGGAGAUUGAACAGCAGUUUUAUAGUCUAUGGUAUCAGAUCGGAACUCAGCUGGGCUGCAAAUCGUCACUGCUUGCCUUUGAACCCAUUAAUGAGCCGUCAGCCAAUACCGCCGAGCAGAUUGCAGAGCUUAAUAAAAUCGAGGCCAUUUUCAUUCAAGCACUUGCUGAUAGCGGAGGCUACAAUGCGGAUCGUGUAGUAACUCUGCUCGGGCCCGGUGAAGGACUGGAUAUACCCGGCAACCUCGUGGUACCCGUCAAUAUCACCAACCCAUAUGCUUUCCAGUUCCACUACUACUCGCCGUACGACUUCAUCUUCCAAGCAUGGGGAAAGACGAUCUGGGGCUCGGAUUCUGAUAAAGCAGCCGUCGACUCCGAUCUCGCCGAGAUUCGCAACAAUUAUACCGAUGUUCCACUCGUUCUGGGCGAGUGGGACGCUAAUCCAUCAUGCGAGCGGGCAGCCCGUUGGAAGUAUAUCGAUCAUCUGAUGCGUAGUGCCCGUCAAUACAACAUCACUACGUUCAUGUGGGAUGCGGGUUCAGACCUGCUCAACCGCACUGCCCAUACGUGGACUGAUCCAGUUGCCCACGCGAUCAUCAUCAACGGAGCGGCUGGAACAAACAACAGCCUUGCUGAUAGCACUGAGGACGGAGAUGCCGUUACGCAGUGGUCAUCCGCCUACAUCUGGCAUCGCAUCGGUACUCAAGUGACCGAUAAUACUAAUACGUACCUUUUGAAUGGUAAUCUGUUAGAAUCUAUCAGUGGGCCACAUGGGGUCCUCGUCCCCGGUAGAGACUAUAUCAUAGAUGGGGCGAAUGUGACCUACAAGGCCAGCUUCCUCGAAAAUUAUUUUUCCAACAGUACUACUGACAGUCCGGGCGAGAAAGCCGUCCUGACCCUGAAGUUUUCCCACGGAGCCUUUCUGUACGCCAACCUUAUCGCUUGGGACACACCAGUUCUUGCUACGACCAAUAUAUCUGCAGCUUCGGUGGCUAGUAAUGACCUAUAUAUUCCCAUCAGCUAUAAGGGGUUGUCGCAAGUCGCUGCCGUCCAGGCUACGCUCGUUAAUGGUACGUACUUAUUCGAUUCCUGGACCCAAUGGCUCGGGCCUUUGCAAAAGGGUCGAGCGACCUCGGGCAGCCAGUGGAACUACGAUACCAGCAGCAUGACCAUUCUGAAUAGCGCAGUGCAAGCCGUAGUUCAAGCUGGGGUUGACGCCAACUUUACCGUGGAAUUCUUUCCUCGCCUGGGGAAUGCGGGUCCAAAUGCAGUCAAUGUCACCAUUACUGUCUAG